GGAGCUGGCACAGGGAGCUCGCAGCUGGAGCAGGGAGGCAGCACCGACAACCCUGCAGUCUGCUAGAGGCUUCUGUGAGAGGAGCAGACCAGGAUUUCAUGACGGAGUGCUGGAGGCUCUUCCUGUGCAGGAAGCCGGGAACUAGUGUCAGCUGCUUGGCUACACAGGAAUCUGCUGGUGAGGAUGAAGAGGAGGAAAAUGAACACCAGGUGGUGGUGUCUGAUGUCAUCCAACUUGUCCCUGAUGACGAUCAGCCUGAAAUACAAGCAGAUGAUAUCAUGCAUCAGGACACCUUUCCUGUCUGUGCCGCUGAAAUUGAAGAUCAGUUGAAGAAACAAUUUGCCUUCUUGUCAGGUGGAAGGGGAGAAAAUGGCUGCCCUGUCAUCACUUUCCCAGAGUACCCAGCAUUCAGUGAGAUCCCGGAGAAGGAAUUCCAGAAUGUGCUUACUUAUCUAACAAGUGUACCUAGUUUGCAAGAUGCAGGGAUUGGGUUUAUCCUAGUUAUUGACCGAAGACUGGACAAAUGGACCUCCAUAAAAGCAUCCAUCCUAAGAAUAGCGGCAUCUUUUCCAGGGAACCUGCAGCUUGUCAUUGUCUUGCGUCCAUCAGGAAUAUUCCAGCGUACCCUUGCAGACGUUGCUUUUAAAUUUAACAAAGAUGACUUUAAAAUGAAGGUACCGAUCAUUAUGCUGAAUUCAGCAUCAGAAUUACACAACUACAUUGACAAGACACAGCUGACCCAAGAGUUUGGUGGCACAUUGGACUACUGUCAUAAGAGCUGGCUUUUACAUCGCACGGCUAUUGAAAAUUUUGCCUUGAUGGUGAAGCAAACUGCACAAAUUCUACAGUCCUUUGGGACCGAGCUGGCUGAAACAGAGCUACCAAAUGAUGUGCCAUCCACGAACACCCUUCUAGCUGCACAUACGGAAAAGAAAGACAAAAUGAAGGAUGACCUGAGACUUGCCCUAAAGCAAGGGCGUGAUUUAUUGGAGAGAAUUAUGGAACCAGUUAAAGAGAACCCGGAGUACAGGAUGAAUCAGGACCAGCUGGACAACCGGACUACUGUGGAUAGGCUACUCAUGCAGUUAAAUGAAACUGAAGCUGCUUUUGAUGAGUUUUGGUCUAAACAUCAGCAGAAACUUGAACAGUGUUUACAGCUGCGUCAUUUUGAAUUUGAAUUUCGAGAGAUCAAAACUGCCCUGGAUGGUAUUAAAGAAAGGUUAGCAGCAUUCAAUGAUGUGGGAAACAGUUGCUCACAUGUGGAGCAUAUUCUGAAGGAUCUCAGCAGCUUUGAAGAAAGAUCACAAAAAGUUUUGAAAUCUGCCUAUGACUUAGCAAGAGAAGGGGAUCACCUUAUCCAAAUCAAUCACUAUGCCGUGGACUCAAUCCUUCCCAAAUGCAAUGAAGUUUACCAUCUCUGUGAGACCACCAGCAAGCAACUUAAGGAGAGACGGGACCAUCUCAACCAAUCAUUGGAGCUCCAUACGAAUUUGGAGAAGACUAUGGAGUGGUGUGAUGAGGGGAUAUACUUAUUGGCUUCCCAGCCUGUGGAUAAAUUCCAAUCUCAAGAUGGAGCAGAAUCAGCCCUUCAAGAGAUUGAAAGGUUCCUAGAGACUGGCACAGAUAAUGCCAUCGGAGAUUUAUCUACAAUUCUAAGACAAUAUGAAGAUAUCCUGACACAGGAGCUAAAGGAACAUGUCCACAAAGUUUAUCAGAAGCAAGAGAGCAUGCAGGAGAUGUUUGAGAAGAGAAAAGGCAGCCUACGAAAACUUGCAGCAAAACAAACCCGACCAGUACAACCUGUGGCUCCUAGACCAGAAGCAUUUUCAAAAUCUCCCAACUCUUCUCCAGGUCUUCAAAGGGCGUCUGAACACAGAUCUGCUCCAGAAAAUGUUCUUCAGCGCCGCUUGAACUACCGCAGAGCAAAGAGCGAGGUGGAUGGGAGUCAAACUCGGAGCUCCACUAUGAUGGAGGAUGAAGAAAAUCUAGCAGUGUUAAGAAGGCAUGUCAUGAAUGAACUAAUAGAGACUGAGAGAGUUUAUGUGGAGGAAUUGCUCUCUGUUCUUGAGGGUUACGCUUCUGAAAUGGAGAAUCCUUUAGUGAUGCACCUUCUUUCUCCCACACUGCACAAUAAAAAGGAUGUGCUGUUUGGCAAUAUGGAGGAAAUUUAUCAUUUUCAUAACCGAAUAUUCCUGAGAGAACUGGAACAUUACACAGACUAUCCUGAACUAGUGGGACGAUGUUUUCUGCAAAGGAUGGAAGAUUUCCAGAUGUACGAGAAAUAUUGCCAGAACAAGCCACGGUCAGAGAGUUUGUGGAGACAGUGUUCAGAUGCAACAUUUUUUCAGGAAUGUCAGAGGAAACUGGAUCACAAGCUAAGCUUGGACUCAUAUUUACUCAAACCUGUACAGAGGAUAACAAAGUAUCAGCUCUUAUUAAAGGAAAUGUUGAAGUACAGUAGAAGCUGUGAAGGAGCAGAAGACCUGCAAGAAGCACUGGCCUCCAUACUUGGCAUUCUCAAGGCAGUAAAUGAUUCAAUGCAUCAGAUCGCAAUCACUGGAUAUGAGGGGAACCUAAAUGAUCUCGGCAAGCUGCUAAUGCAGGGAUCCUUCAAUGUUUGGACAGAGCAUAAAAAAGGCCACUCCAAAGUGAAGGACCUGGCCCGGUUUAAACCAAUGCAGAGACACUUGUUUCUCCAUGAGAAGGCUGUGCUUUUCUGCAAGAAGAGAGAAGAGAACGGGGAAGGUUAUGAGAAAGCCCCUUCAUAUAGCUACAAGCAUUCCUUAAACAUGACAGCUGUUGGAAUAACAGAGAAUGUGAAAGGGGACAAUAAGAAAUUUGAAAUCUGGUACAAUGCAAGGGAAGAAGUAUAUAUUGUUCAGGCACCAACCCCUGGAAUUAAAGAAACAUGGGUGAAUGAAAUCAGGAAGGUGUUAACAAGCCAGUUGCAGAAAUACCGAGAAGCCAGCCAACACAAAUCCUUAGAUCAGACCAACAGCUCACCUUUACCAACUCCAUCUAGUACAAGUCCUUUGAGAAGCAAAUCUGGAAAGAUCAAAAAACUGGAGGAAAGAAAAACCGAACCUAUACUGAGUCCAGACAGCACCUUAGCAUCAUUACCAAAAUAUCUAGAAAAAGGCAAAGAUGGCACACUUACUAGCCCUACCUCAGAAUCUUCUUCAGUUUCAAAAAAGCGCUUCACUUUGCAGGGUUUUCCUAACCUCAAAACUCAGAAAGCUUCUCCUACCAGCCCUGACAAAAAAGCUAAACGUCAUGAAGUAAAGAGUGACCCAACUCCCUUUGGUUUAAGAGGAUGGAACAGGACAUCUCAAUCGCUUGAUGUCUCAGAAGAAAAUAACGAUGGUUGGUCCAGUGGAGAAGAUCCAAUGAAUUCUUCUGAUGCUGAAGAAGAUGGAGUGGAAAGCACAGACAAAAAACUGACUCCUGGUAAAUAUACUGUUGUUGCUGAUUAUGAAAAAUGUGCUUCAGAUGAGCUUUUGGUGAAAAGCGGUGAUAUAGUUCAGCUAAUACGAGAAGAAGAGGAAGGAAUGUGGUAUGUGAAGAAUUUAAGCACCAACAAAGAGGGACUGGUGACAGCUGGCAGCCUGCUGACUCUCAUUGGGAAUUCCAAAUCAGCCCACUCUCUAAGCAGCUCUGAAUCAGGGACUGCUGCAAGCACUUUAAGCACCUCAUCCAGCUGCAGCGAGAGUUGCAAUGUGAGCAGCUUCUCCGAUAUCAAAGGCUGAACUUAAAGUAGAUCCUGCCAUGGACCGGAACAUCCUCAUUGCAAGCACAGUGAGGGAAGCAGCGGAAGGAAGGCCAGUGCCACCCAGUCUUAUGAAAAACAACAUUUUGCAAAGUUGAAGUGUUUUUGGGGGAGCUUGAAGACAUUUCCCUGCUGAAAUAAACCAGGUAUAGAUUAUCUCUGCCCAUCUCCAAGUUCCAAACGACUGCACAUUAGCAAACACAGCCAAUGAUUGGAGGAGAAGUGCACCAUGGGAGAACAUAUACCAGAGAAAUCUGCCUUCAAAAGCAAUGCACUUAUUGGAAGCUGUGUUUACAGCUCUGAAAAAACAGUGUUUACACCUAUUACAUUUCACUGUUUCCAUGGAAAGUUAUGUUGCUGCUGUAAGAUAGGAAGUACCUCAAUACGACAAACUGUUGCUGCCAUUUUGGUUUCCACGUCUUACAUUCCUGAAGCAUAGUGCUUUCCAAAAUUUCACCAUUAUUCGGUGAAAAACGUUUCACUGGGUAGGAUUCCUUCAACCUUAAUCCCCAACAAUUAAAAGACAAUCUUACAAUUUACAGUUUUUAGUGUGUUAAUAGGCCGAUUUUUGACUUUUUGGGGGAGGGGAAAAGAACUAUAAACAAUUCGUUACUAGUAAUGAUGUCAACUUUUAAAUAAUACAGUCAUUUCCUAAAAUAUUUGAUACAGAAAUAUUUUUCCACGUUCUAAAAAAGCCAAACCUUUUGUAAGUACAGAUCGCUGGGUCAAACAUGUAUCUUUGGUUUGCACUGACAAAAGUGGAAAUGGCUAAACAAGACAUGGUG